AAAAAAAGGGGGUUUCUACCACCAAUUUCUUAUCUAUUCAACAUAUCUCCGGUCUACGGAAUUUCAUUUCUACUUUGGUCUUAACAUCUUUCCUUAACGAUAUCAAAAGGGGAAAAAAAAAAUCCUUAACGUACAGACCAUCAAACGUGUAAUUUCAGCACCUAUAGUGAAAUUCCAAACCAGAAAGUAAUGCCUGUAUAAUAAGAGAGAAGCAUCCACCAACUCCAGCACCAAUGAAGCCCAUGAAUCUUCUAACUUCACUCAGUCUCUGUGUUUCUCUAUCACCAUCCCUUGCAGUCGCAGCAAUUCUAUUUCAGGGUUUCAACUGGGAAUCAAGUAAUAAAAGAGGAUGGUACAACUCACUGAAGAAUUGUAUUCCUGACCUCGUUAAUGCUGGAAUCACUCAUGUCUGGCUUCCUCCUCCCUCUCAAUCUGUUGCAUCCCAGGGAUACAUGCCCGGAAGGCUAUAUGAUCUUGAUGCCUCAAAAUAUGGAUCUAAGGAGGAAUUGAAGUCACUGAUUGUUGCUCUCCAUGAGAAAGGAAUUAAAGUCCUUGCUGACAUAGUGAUAAACCACAGAACUGCUGAGAAGCAAGAUGAGAGAGGAAUAUGGUGCAUCUUUGAAGGUGGAACUCCAGAUGGACGUCUUGAUUGGGGUCCAUCCUCCAUUUGCAAGGAUGAUGCAGCCUAUUCUGAUGGCUCAGGGAAUCUUGACACUGGAGAGGACUUUGGUGCUGCACCUGACAUUGAUCAUCUUAAUCCACAGGUACAAAAAGAGUUAACAGAGUGGAUGAAUUGGUUAAAGACUGAAAUUGGAUAUGAUGGAUGGCGUUUUGAUUUUGUGAAAGGAUAUUCCCCCAGUAUAACAAAAAUUUAUAUGGAACAAACUAAACCAGAAUUUGCAGUUGGGGAGAAUUGGAAUUCUCUUUCUUAUGGGGAUGAUCAAAAGCCUAAUUUCAACCAGGAUGCACACCGUGGUGUGGUAGCUGAUUGGAUUCAGGCUGCUGGUGGGGCUGUCACUGCAUUUGAUUUCACAACCAAAGGGAUUCUUCAAGCAGCUGUGGAAGGGGAAUUAUGGCGGUUAAAGGACUCGAAUGGAAAGCCACCAGGACUGAUUGGAAUAAAGCCAGAAAAUGCUGUGACAUUUAUUGAAAAUCAUGAUACUGGGUCUACUCAAAACCAUUGGCCAUUCCCCUCGGAUAAAGUCAUGCAGGGAUAUGCUUACAUUCUCACCCAUCCUGGCACCCCAACCAUAUUCUAUGAUCACUUCUUUGAUUGGGGUCUAAAGGAUGAGAUAAGCAAAUUGACUGCAAUUAGAUCAAGAAAUGGGAUCAACACCAAAAGCACUGUGAAUAUUUUAGCUUCUGAUGCUGAUUUAUAUAUGGCUGGGAUUGAUGACAAGAUCAUUAUGAAGAUUGGGCCAAAGAUGGAUCUUGGAAACCUUGUUCCCUCAAAUUUCCAGGUUGCUGCCUCUGGCAAUGACUACGCUGUGUGGGAGAAAAAGUGAAGACUAGAAAUGAUUUUGUAUAAAAUAAAUGCCAGAAUGGUUCAUGAAGCCUAUUAUUGUUAAUUUGUUACUAAUACAUUUGUCCCUAAUGAGUGUAAAGAUCUCUAUAUGGAUAGAAUAAAAUUUUACAGAAGCUUAUUAUAGAACAAUUUGA